AUUGACUGAGGGCAGUGGAGAGAGUCAGUAGGGCUUACCCUUUUCCCAUCAAUCCAAAUUUCAAAUUUGCAAUUCUCAGACUUGCCCUAACAAUUAGGUUUCUCAAUUCUCACAUAAUCAUCAGCAGCUGAAGAUCCAAUUUGCAGCCAUGACUGAGUACUGGGUUAGCCAGGGUAACAAAUGGUGUGACUUCUGCAAAAUCUAUAUAGCCAACAAUCCUUCUAGCAUUAGAAACCAUGAACUUGGUCAACGCCACAAGGAUAGUGUUGCCAAGAGGCUUGCUUCUAUGAGAAAAGAGAAUGCUGCUAAGGAAAAGGAACAAAAGGAAGCAGCCCAUGCCCUUGAACAGAUUGAAUCAAAAGCUAAGCGUAGCUAUCAGAAGGAUAUAGCAACUUUUCGGGAGGCCAGAGAGUCAAAUGCCAAUGCAUUAGCUCAAGAGGAUGAUUCAAGUACUGCUAACGAUUGGGAGCAUGACAGCGCUUCAGGCUAUUACUACAGUCGAAGUAAUGGCAUCUACUAUGAUCCAAAUUCUGGCUUUUACUAUUCUGAUGCAAUAGGCAAGUGGGUGACACAGGAAGAGGCAUUUGCCACAUCUCAAGCUUCUUCAGAUUCCAAACAAAAAGGACCUGUGUUGAAAAGUCCAUUCUCAGUUUCGGAGGGAACUCAAGUCAUAGAAAACAAGAGUGCUGCUAAACAUCAAAAUGGGCCUCCACCUGGUCCUGUUGUUUCAGCAUCUUUAAACCCCAGGAGAUCUUCCAAAUGUGCUCCAUCAUCAGUGGCUGUUAACAAGAGGAAGAGGCAAGAUGAGAAGCCAAAGGCUGUAUCUAAAGAGGAAGCAUCUGCACUUAAAGCAAGGGAGGCUGCAAAGAAGAGAGUUGAAGAGAGGGAGAAAUCAUUGCUUGGCCUUUAUGGGUCCCGUUAAUUUGGAACUGCUCUAGCAAAUACUUCUCUCCUUGUUAUGAGGUAUUGUGAAUUAUUUGACUGCAUGUUAUGCUAAGAUCUUAGAGUUCCUGGGGUCCUGAUCUGGUGUCUUCAGUCACAUUCUUAACAUUGAAUGAUGCUGUUUUUUAAUAGAGAAAUGCAGUGAGUGGAGGAAAUCAAUAUUAUAAUUUGCAGACUUGUUUAAUUAUCUUAUCAGCAGAUUUUGUCUCAAAAGAUCUUCAUUGUUUCAUUCCGUCAAAUGGUGGGUCCAAGGAUUCUGUAUUGUGCAUCUACUCUCCACUUCUGGUGAAAGAAACUCAUUGUCCCCUUGUGUUAUUUUUCAUACGCCGCCUUUUACUUUUUGGUUCUUGCUGACUGAUGCAUUUCCAGGUGGAACAUGGCCAUUCCUAAUGCUAUCUAUUCUAACAAGAAAUUCAAGCAAGAAUGGUUGUACAGGUGUGUACUGAAUAGAAACAGUUUUUACUUUUUAUAGCUUCUUUGUUUGUAUAAUGUGGUGAGGAUAAAACACCUUUUGAGAUUCCAGUUCUGAAAACUUGGGAUAAUGUCAUCUGCUUAUAUCAAAUAUUUGUUUGGACAAUGAGCUGUUCUCCAACUUUCA